AUGUCAUAUGCUAAUUACCCGCUGUUUGCCCUCCAGGUCUCCGAAACAGGUCCUGACGCAGUCAUUCUCUCCAUAUCCGACUCUCGCAGCUGGUAUCUCCGCCGGGUACGUGGUGGAGAGAUCCCUGGCGGCACACGAGCUCGCUUUCGCCGCUGCGGCAGCGCCGCUGGCUGCGCCGGCGGCGGAGUAAACUCCACAGCUCUCCGCGGUGAUAAUGACCUGAUAAUUGCUCCUAGCGAUGGGAGAGAUGAUGAGAUAGAUACCUCUGAGGGCGGAGGAGAUGGCGCUGGAGCUCCUGCUGCCACAGGAGCUUCAGCUUCAAGCUUUAUCGUCACUGGUUCAAGUCUUUUUCUCUUGAUAAUCAGGAAGACCUCAUAA